AUGUCGUUUUUAAGGUACGUUUCUUCUGUUUCCAUUCCCAAUUCAAGAUCAUAUUCUCCCUGUCUCCAACAUUUCGAUGACACUAUUGAUGUUGUUUCAUUCUUCAAUCGAAUGCUCCAUAAGAACCCUACCCCACCCGCCAUUGAAUUUGGCAAGGUUUUAGGUUCUCUUGUCAAGGCCAAACAUUAUCCCACUGUUAUUUCUCUUUCUCAACAGAUGGAAUUGAGUAGAGUUACUCCUGAUUUUGUUACUCACUCCAUUCUCAUGAAUUCUCUCUGUCAAUUGGGUCAUAUCACUUUUGCAUUUUCUGUUUUGACAAAGAUUCUUAAGAGGGGUUAUCACCCAGAUGCUAUAACCUUCACUACACUCAUCAAGGGUCUCUGUCUCAAAGGUCACCUCCAUAAAGCAUUGCAAUUUCAUGAUAAGCUGUUAGCUCAGGGAUUUCGGUUGGACCGAGUUAGUUACGGGAUAUUGAUCAAUGGUUUAUGUAAAGUUGGAGAAACAACAGCGGCACUAGAGUUGCUGAGACGAGUUGAUGGGAAAUUGGUUCAGCCUGGUUCGGUAAUGUACAAUACAAUCAUUGAUAGUCUCUGCAAAGAUAAACUUGUUAAUGAUGCAUGUGAUUUAUAUUUUGAAAUGGUUGCUAAGAAAAUUUCUCCUGAUAUUUUCACUUACAAUGCUUUGAUUAAUGGCUUUUGCAUUGUUGGUAAAUUGAAAGAAGCAAUUCGUUUGUUUGAUAAAAUGGCAUUGGAAAACAUCUACCCGGAUGUGUAUACCUAUAAUAUAUUGGUUAAUACUUUUUGUAAGGAAGGAAAGGCGAAACAAGCACAAAAUGUGUUAGCUAUGAUGAUUAAGAGAGAUGUUAAACUUAAUGUUGUUACCUAUAAUUCUUUAAUGAAUGGAUAUUGUCUUGUAAAUGAAGUGAACAAGGCCAAUGAUAUAUUCAACAUUAUGUUCAAAAGGGGAGUGGCUGCUGAUGUUUGGAGCUACACUACAAUGAUCAGUGGAUUUUGUAAGGUUAAAAAGGUGGAUGAAGCUAUUAAUCUCUUCAAAGAAAUGCGUUGCAGAAAAAUCAUUCCCAAUACGGUAACUUACAAUUCUCUUAUUGAUGGUUUGUGCAAAUCGGGGAAAAUCUCGUAUGCCUGGGAGCUUGUCGAUGAGAUGCAUGAUAGAGGUCAACCACCAGAUAUAUUUACUUAUAAUUCUAUAUUAGAUGCUUUGUUCAAAAAUCAUGACGUUGACAAGGCAAUUGCAUUAUUUAAAGAAUUUAAAGAUAAAGGUAUUCAACCUAGUGUGCAAACAUACACAAUCCUUAUCGAUGGAUUGUGUAAAGGUGGAAGACUAAAGGAUGCACGGAAAGUUUUUGAAGAACUUUUAAUCAAAGGCUACAAUCUUAGUGUCUGUACAUAUAACGUUAUGAUCCAUGGAUUUGGCAAGAGUGGCCUUAUUGAUGAAGCGUUGGCGUUGCUGUCAAAAAUGAAAGACAAUGGUUGCGUUCCGGAUGCUAAAACUUAUCAAAUCAUUAUUCUUUCCCUAUUUGAAAAUAAUGAAAAUGAUAAAGCUGAGAAACUUGUUCGUGAAAUGAUUAUGAAAGAUCUACUAUAA